AUUCGUUAUUUAAUUCCAGCACCUUCUGCUCUGCCACCUGGAAAAUGAACAUGCGGUCUGGUCGUUUUGGAGGAUAUGCACAGCCGGCAUCCGGGAGACAUGCAGAGGAGCCAGACGAAAUCCCGCUGCGGCGACUAAGCUCGGCGUCUGGACGCGACUCGCUGUCAGACUCAAUCGGCACGCCGCUCAUGGCGACGCAGGACGAUAUGCACAAUGACAUGGUAGCACUUAACCUUGGGCAACCGCCACCCCUGAACCCGCUCGACAACUCGUACAAGACAAAAUUCGCCGCCAAUGUCGUCAGCAACAACAAGUACAACUUUGUGACGUUCCUGCCGCUGGUGUUGUUCGAGCAGUUCAAAUUCUUUUUCAACCUGUACUUUCUGCUGGUCGCCCUGUCGCAGUUUGUGCCGCAGCUGCGGAUCGGCUACCUUGUCACGUACGUAGGCCCGCUGGUGUUUGUCUUGGCGGUUACUAUGGCCAAGGAGUGGCACGACGACCAUGCGCGCAAGAAGCGCGACAAGGAGGCCAAUUCACAAAAGUAUGCGCGCCUGUCUUCCGACGGCCGCGAGGUGAUUCCCAGUGCGAAGAUCCGGGACCAGCGCGUGCCUGCAGACAUGGUGCUGCUGCGGACCACCGAGGCGUCCGGUGCUUGCUUUAUUAGAACCGAUCAACUGGACGGUGAGACCGACUGGAAGCUAAGGAUUGCCGCUGCUCCGACGCAGAAGCUAGCCGACGACAUGGACAUUUUUAGCCUGCACGGAGCUGUGUAUGCGGGUGCACCGCACAAGGACAUUUACGAUUUCGUGGGGAACCUGACUAUCGAGCGCGGUCUUCCAGGCUCGUCCGGACCGGACACGCGCGCAGCGAUGAACACGGGCCAGGCCAAGACCAAGGUUGGAAUUCUUGAUACAGAGAUCCUGUUCUUAGUCACGCUAAUCCUGUCUCUGGCUAUGGUCGCCCUGGACGGAUUCAAAGCGGUUUGGUACGUGACACUGUUCCGAUUCCUGAUUCUGUUCUCGUCCAUCAUCCCGAUCAGCUUGCGUGUCAACCUCGACAUGGGCAAGACAUUCUACUCGAUGGGCAUUGAGCGCGACAAGGAGAUCCCCGACACUGUUGUCCGUAACAGUAUGAUCCCCGAGGAGCUUGGGCGGAUUGAGUACUGUCUGACCGACAAGACCGGUACCUUGACUCGCAACGAGAUGGAGCUGAAGCGGAUCCACAUGGGUAUCAUGGCAUACACACUCGAGACAUCUGAUGAGGUGACCCGCCAUUCUUGGAGUCGGGACUCGGCAGGCCAAGCAGCGGAUGUGGCAGAAACCAAGCCCGCGGCAUUGGCAGUCGGCCACGGAAAGGCACGCCGAGAUAUGCCACAGCGCGUUUUUGACAUGGUUGAGAGUCUAGCGCUCUGCCACAACGUCACGCCGACCGCCGACUAUGCCCAUGACGAUGCAUCGGUUGCUGUCAACGAAGUGGCCAUUGUCAAGUGGACCGAGCACGUGGGCGUGGACGCCCUGAUUCCAGCCUCACAGAGCGGCUACGGCAUAGCGCCUACGCUGGCAUACGAUAUCCUGCAAGUGUUCCCGUUCACCAGCGAAUCGAAGCGCAUGGGGAUUGUUGUCCAGAGCCAGCACUCUGGCGAAAUCUACUUCAUCCAGAAAGGCGCCGACACUUAUAAUGACUGGCUCGAUGAGGAGUGUGGAAACAUGGCCCGCGAUGGCCUGCGCACGCUGGUUGUUGGCCGUAAGCGCCUGUCAAAGGAGGCGUACAACCGGUUUGAGCGCGCAUACCAGCAGGCAAAGGUGACUGUUCUGGGCCGUGCUGAGGCCAUGCAGCAGGUUGUUGCUGACUAUCUCGAGAGCGACCUGGAGCUCCUGGGUCUCACUGGCGUUGAGGAUCGGCUGCAGGACAAUGUGCCAACCACUCUGGAGCUGCUGGGUAAUGCAGGCAUCAAGGUGUGGAUGCUGACAGGCGACAAGGUCGAAACGGCCACCUGCGUUGCAAUUUCAGCCAAGCUAGUUAAGCGCGACCAGCUCAUCCACGUUAUCUCUGGGCUAAAAUCGGCGCACCAGGUAAACGACGCGCUCGAGACCUUCAUCGAGAUUGCUGUCAAGCUGUCCGCUGUCGUCUGCUGUCGCUGCUCGCCCACACAAAAGGCCGACAUCGUCCGGCUUAUCCGUCGCUUCACAAAGAAGCGGGUACUGGCCGUCGGUGACGGAGGCAAUGAUGUCAGCAUGAUCCAGGCCGCAGAUGUCGGCGUGGGCCUGGUUGGCAAGGAGGGCAAGCAGGCAUCGCUGGCUGCUGACUUUUCAGGUCGGCUGCUGCUGUGGCAUGGCCGCAACAGCUACAAGCGAUCAGCCAAACUGGCCCAGUUCGUUAUCCAUCGCGGCCUGAUCAUCUCCAUCAUGCAGGCUGUAUUUUCUGCGCUGUUCUACUUUGCGCCGAUCGCGCUUGUUCCAGGGAAUGCUGCUUGGCGCUCGCUGUCGUACAAGACUUUCUUUACAUGGCUGCUGAUCAGCAUCUACCAGGGCGGCGCGCUUAUGAUGAUAGCCGUGUGGCUUCUGCUCAUGGUCGCCCUUGAGAUUCGCACAUGGCACCGGCUGAUGAUCUGGUCUAUUCUAGGCUCGCUUGUCAUCUACAUUGCGUCAAUCUGGGUGCUGCCUGCAUAUUUUGACGCUUCAUUCAUUUUGUCUGGUGCAUUUAUCUGGAAGACGCUGGUGAUUACUGCUGUGUCGUCAGUACCAUUGUAUAUCAUUAAGCUCAUCAGUCGCAUAUAUGCUCCACCAUCGUAUGCUAAGCUCACGUAAAUAAAUCAUACUGUGCUUUUGGGAA